AUGACGUUGGCAACUUUCUUAAAGGUUAAUCCACCUAAGUUCAAGGGAACCACCAAUCCGACUAAAGCUGAUACUUGGUUUCAGGCCAUGGAGCGAGCACUGCAAGCGACAGCCAAGGAAUUUGAGUUACUGCAGCUGAAGCAAGGUGCUAUGUCCGUAUCUGAGUAUACAAACACAUUUGAGGAGCUAUUCAGGUUUUCUCGCAUGUGUCAGGAAGUUCCGGGAGACUUCGAGGAAUGGAAAUGCAUUAAGUAUGAAGGAGGACUCCGGAGCGACAUCUUAAGUUCAGUGGGACCAAUGGAGAUCCGAACUUUUUCAGAGUUGGUGAAUAAGAGCAGAAUUGCUGAAGAGUGUGUGAAAAGGAGGGUUGCAGAGAAAGGAAGUCAUAGAGAGCACAACCAAGGAUUCGCACCAAGGGGUCAAGAGUUUAAGGAGAGAGGAUACGUACAACACUUUUCCCAAGGACGGAAUAACUUUGCGACGAGUGAGGAGUCCCAAAGGAAUGGUAAGGGAAAACGGGCAGCGGCUGCUUCUGAUAUUUCGAGCUGUCAGAGAUGUGGAAGUCAUCACCCAAAUAGGCCGUGCCGAUUGGGGUUAGGUGUAUGUUACAAGUGCGGGUUACCAGGGCAUGUAUCAAGAAAUUGCCAACAAGGAGAGAGUCAGGAUGCGGGCCGAUUGCGACAGUAA